GAAAAGAUGAAGAUCGUUUUUGCGGUUAUCGUUUUAGCUGUAACUAUAAUUUCGGCUGACGUCUUUGGCGAGUUUGAACUGAAAUUGGCCAACUACUCCCAGAGUUGCCAAGAAUUGAGCCAAGUCGAUCCGGAUUUGAUCGAGAAUGAUGUAUUCGUCGAGGAUCCGAAAUUCAUGCAGUUCACCUCUUGUAUUACCAAGAGUUUGAACGUAGUAGAUGCCGAAGGGAAUUUCAAGGAGAAGAAUUUUAUGAUCAUUCUGAUGGAUAAUGCUAACUUGGUCCUGGAAAAAUGCAAAGCUGAGGGCGAAAAGGAGACGGGACAUGGGAAGAGAUCUUUCACCUAUUUGAGAUGUUUGCACUAUAGUGUUCUGAAAGACGUCAAUUUUAUGAAGAAUGUUUUUGAUUAAUGUACGUGCUGUAA